CUCUAGGCAAACUCGCUCCCAUCUUGUAAAGCGUAGUUGGAGCCCAGCUUGAGAAGUACAGCCCAGGCCCAUGAAUAUCGUGGGCGGGCCUAGUAGGUUUAGGGUUUUGCUAUAUUUAAGCGUCUUUUUCCUCCGUUCUUCCUCCGCCUUUUUGCAGCAGAAGCCGUAUCUUCACGAUGGCGUUUGCGAAAGCCCAGAAGACCAGAGCUUAUUUCAAGCGUUUCCAGGUCAAGUACAAGAGAAGGCGAGAUGGCAAGACUGAUUACCGGGCCAGGAUUCGCCUGAUUAAUCAGGAUAAGAACAAGUACAACACACCCAAGUACAGAUUCGUCGUUCGAUUUACCAACAAGGAUGUUGUAGCUCAGAUUAUCAGCUCUACCAUUGCUGGUGAUAAUGUCAUGGCAGCUGCUUAUUCCCAUGAGCUUCCCCGGUAUGGGCUGGAAGUUGGGCUCACCAAUUACGCUGCUGCGUACUGCACUGGGCUCCUCCUUGCUCGUAGGGUUCUGAAAAUGCUUGAGAUGGAUCAGGAGUAUGAGGGAAAUGUUGAGGCUACUGGAGAGGAUUACUCAGUUGAACCUACAGAUAGGAGACCUUUCCGUGCUCUUCUUGAUGUUGGUCUUGUUAGGACAACCACUGGAAACCGUGUCUUUGGUGCCCUCAAGGGUGCUUUAGAUGGUGGUCUUGACAUCCCUCACAGUGAGAAGAGGUUUGCUGGUUUUAGCAAAGACAGCAAGCAGCUCGAUGCUGAGGUUCACCGCAAGUACCUCUAUGCCGGCCAUGUUGCUAACUACAUGAGGAUCUUGCAAGAAGAUGAGCCAGAGAAGUAUCAGACUCACUUCAGUGAGUACUUGAAGAGAGGCAUUGGACCGGAUGAGGUAGACGAACUGUACAAGAAGGUUCAUGCUGCUAUACGCGCCGACCCAACAGCCAAGAAGACUGGAAAGCCAGCUCCCAAAGAGCAGAAGAGGCACAACCCGAAGAGGCUGACUUAUGAUGUACGUAGGAACAAGUUGAUCGACAGGCUCAAGGCUCUGAACUCCGCCGCAGAUGAGGACGAGGAUGACGAAUAGAUUUAGUUGUACUGAAGCUGGGGUUUUUGUCUUGAAGGAUAUUAGUAUGGACAGAAUUGAAAUGUUCAGGGGUUCUGUUCCUUGGAUUUUUUGGUUAUAUGUGCUGUUAGUUUUGGAUCUAUCGUUGAAUGAUUUUUACAUUUUAUUUUUAUCCCCUUUUUCAGUCCGAAUACCAGUGAGAUGAAUCUAGUUAUCUUCUACAAUUCCCUGUUUUCUAACCAUUCUAAUUUGCAGCUAGAAUAACCCAAUCGUGUUUAGAGGUAAAACAAUUAGCAUAUGUCCUAAAUAACAUGGUCCAACCCUGGAAAAGUCAACCGUGAUUGUCAUUUGCCUACUUUUCUGGAGCUUAGUUUCGAUCAAAAUAGAAUUUCAAUCGAAUC